GCAUUUCAAAAAACACCUCUCUCUCUCUCUCUCUCUCUCUCACUCUCCUGCUUCUACAAGUGCAAGCGAAAAGUUGCGUAAAACAGAAGCUCGGUAUCUCUGUCACUCAUUGCACUCGUUACCAAACACACGGUAGUAUUACUCUGUCGGAAUUCUCUUAUUAGAGAAAAAUGGGAAAGAACUCAGACCAGACCCAUCAGAAACACAGAGAGAGAGUUGAAUCAGUCCUUUCCCUCCUCCGUAAACAAUCUCCCCUCACCCUCAAACAGGAGAAGUUCUGCAACAACGCUUGUGUUGAAAGGUUUUUGAAAUCCAAAGGUGAUAAUGUUAAGAAAGCUUCGAAGCAACUGCGGGCUUGCCUCUCUUGGAGAGAAUCUAUCGGCACUGACCAUUUGAUAGCUGACGAGUUCUCGUCCGAGCUCGCCGAAGGCAUAGCUUACGUGUCCGGUCAUGACGACGAAUCCAGACCCGUUAUGAUUUUCCGGAUUAAACAAGACUACCAGAAGCUCCACUCGCAGAAAUUGUUUACUAGGUUGCUGGUGUUUACACUGGAGGUUGCUGUUCAAUCCAUGCCCAGAAAUGCUGAUCAAUUUGUACUACUCUUUGAUGCGAGCUUUUACAGAUCAGCAUCGGCGUUCAUGAACAUGCUAUUGGCAACGCUCAAGAUCGUAGCAGAUUAUUACCCUGGACGUCUAUACAAGUGUUUCGUGAUUGAUGCUCCCUCUCUGUUCUCUUAUCUCUGGAAGGGGGUCCGGCCCUUCGUUGAGCUAUCACCGUUAAUUAACGUCGUUUCCUCACUCGACUUCGAAGAGUCAAUGGAGUUCAACGACUUCUACUCCUGCCCGCGAUCCUCGUCCCUCCGAUUCGACCCCUCAUCGACGGCCAAGAUCGGCCCUUGCUCCUCCACUCGCUUCUCCUUUUCCGUCUCCCAUAGCCUCGACUCCCUCAAGCCCUGGCACCUCUCGCUGACCGACACGUCAUCGUUGAAGUCGGGCCCCACAACGAACCCCACCUCGGGUUCUAAUCCCCUGGGCCCGGCUCUGAUCUCCACCCUCAACGCCCGGUCCUUCUCCUUCGCAUCGCCCGUUGCCAGGACGCCACGUGGCGGGGGAUUCUACCCGCUGACACCGCUGCCACAGAAGACACAAAUGGCGGACGCCGCCGUAAGCGUCAAUCGUCCGAUGACUCCGAAGCCAUCGUCGUCGUCGUCGUUUCUCCAAUCGCCGGCAACGUUCUUCCGGAAGGAGUGCCACGUCGGCAAGUCGGAGAGAUCGCGGGAUUCGUUCCUGCCGUUUUUGAAGCUGUAUCGACGGCCCUACGAUGAGAUGACUUACAGGUCAAAGAUGAGGCCCCCGCUGGGCGGGCUGAUCUCCAUUGUUUCUCCGCAUCUGGUCAGGCGUCGCCACGUGUCGGUCUCGCAACGGUUCUGAUCGUGGCACUGAUGAAGAGUAGUACAUACAAACUGGGAGUGGGGGGCGGUUGUCGUUGGGACACAACCGGCCAUGUUUGUUGUUACGGGGAUGACCACAGCUCAAUAUUCACCGUUUUUUCUACUGCUUUCAAUUACCGUUCAAAAAUUUUUUGGACGGUUCAGAUUUUAAGAAAACCUCUUUCAGGGAAGAGUAACUCUUCUUUCCUGCAAGAGUUUUCUUAAAAUCCAAACCAUUAAUUGUCGAGACAGAUGAUGAGAUAUUGAGUGGUGGGGAUAGUCUUUCUAAUGUUGUAAAUCUGAGCUCAAUUUUGCCAAAAAAGUGAUUGGGGUUGAUUAUUUUAUUUGGCUCGUUAAGUCUGUCGUGUAUCUGAAAAUCACACUGAAAACACGUCCGUGGUGAUGUGAUUUGACGCGUUUGCCAUGAAGUUUUGGCUCAAAUUCAUACUCCUACUAGCUUAUGAUUUUUCCCAAAA